AUUGGUCACCGUCUCAAGCAGGAUGUUCAAGCUCUCGAUCGCCCUUGCGUCUUUGGUUACUCUCGCCGUUGCUCAGGUUGCAGAAUGGGGCCAGUGCGGUGGUAUUGGCUAUGCUGGCUCUACCGUUUGCGCUGCUGGCACGACCUGCACUGAAAUCAACGCUUACUACAGUCAGUGCUUGCCCGGACAGGCCUCCGCCCCGCCACCGCCGAGCACGCCUACAGUCAGUCAGCCGAGCGGCCCGUCAUCUACUGGUACCGCUCCUCCCGGCCUCGCCUCGAUCCCUGCUUCCACCCUCACCCAGUUCAGCAACUUCGGUACCAACCCGAACAACGUUGCAAUGUACGUCUACAAGCCCAAGACGGUCCAGUCCAACCCUGCUUUGAUUGUUGCCAGCCACUACUGCCAAGGCUCCGCCCAGGACUACUACGAGGGAUCCACGUUCGCUCAGCUUGCUGAGACCUACGGAUACAUCGUGAUCUUCCCUUCUUCCCCGUGGUCCGGCACCUGCUGGGACGUCUCUUCCACCGAGACACUGACGCACAACGGUGGCAGUGACUCGCUCUCGAUUGCCAACGCUGCACGCUUCGCCAUCAGCAACUGGGGUGUCGACGCAAACCGUGUCUUCGCCGUCGGCACGUCCUCCGGCGCGAUGAUGACCAGCGUCCUUGCCGGUGCUUACCCCGACGUCUUCAAGGCUGGCAUCGUCGACUCCGGUGUUGCCUUCGGCUGCUUUGCGGAGCCCAACGAGGCGGAAGACAGCUGGAAUGCCCAGUGUGCCGAGGGCCAGCUCAUUCUCACUGGCCAGCAAUGGCAACAAAAGAUCGCUACUGCGUACCCCGGCUACACCGGCUCCUACCCCAGGAUGCAGGUCUGGCACGGCACUAUCGACACGACGCUCUACCCGCAGAACUUCUACGAGGAGAUCAAGCAGUGGACGACCGUCUUCGGCUACCCGAGCACGCCGAUCUCGAACGUCUCCGAGUCGUACCUUCCUUCCGGCUACUCGAACUCGACGUUCGGCCCCAACUUCCAGGCGAUCCUCGCCCAGAACGUCGGCCACACCGUCCCGCUCUUCGAGCAGCAGUACCUCGAGUUCUUGGGCAUUGCGUAAGCCGGAGCAGGAACUCUGGGUGUCUUCGGUGUAAAUUUGUUUGUGAUGUAUCGCUGGCUUUCGUGAAAUCACCUCGCGGAGAUUGUAAAGAAAUUAUGUGUACG